AUGCGGCGAGUGUUUUUCCCCAACACUCUAGGGCUCAUUCGCGGCCGUGGAGAAGAGUUUGCCGUGGCACAGCUGGCUAUGGUCACCAAGAUACGAGGCGCCCACCGGAUGGAAGCUGAAGUGUGCGUGCUCCGCUCACGUGUGUCGGAUCCUGACGACCAUGGCAUGUGGGAGCUUCAAAAGAUACCUGUUCAGCAUCAGAGUCAUGAAUACUUGGCCCUGGAUAAUUGGUUGACGGAUGCUGUCGUCACAUUCAACAACUAUAUCUGCUGGAUUUCCUACUACGCAGGAGGUAUUCUAUUCUACGAUAUAUUUGCAGAAACACCUAACAUUUUUUAUCUUCGGUUACCUACGAGUAACCGUCCUACAACGACUCAAGAAAGAGGUUUCCUUGAGGUCAACCGUAGCCUCUGUGUCACUGGUGAUCUUCUCAAGUACACGUAUAUUCUUCGCAAUGAUAAACGACUCUACGGCCCACUUAAACCUCGUACGGGUUUUACCAUCCUCACUGAUACUUUGAGCAUAACGGAGACUGGUGACAUAAAUUGUUUCCACGAAAGGGUCAAGAUAGCUAAUGAAUUGUGGCAUUACAACACCUCUGAAUGUCUCCCGCGCCAAGCCCUGAUGUACCCUCUUGUGAGCAUGGACAGCCCUAAUAUUGUCCACUAUUUGAUCUCUGAGGAAGGAGAUAAGAUUGACAAGGUUUCCAUGGUUACGUUGGAUAUGAUUACUCAGAAAGUCAUUUCAAUUGUUUCAUAUAUUAAAGGAGAGGAAGACCUCUGUGGCCAAGAUGCUGACAUGGUUAAAGAAAAGUCCCACCUUCUCGCGUCCUUCCUUCCAUCCGAGUUUCCCAAGUUCUUGAAUCUCACAAG